AAGUAACUAUCAUUUCUAUAUCGGAAUGUUUUAAUAGAACUAUGGAAGAGCUGAAGAGUCGAAACACAUUGAAUGUAUAAGGCGGGAAAUAAAGAGUGAAUACAAAUUGUCUGGUGUUCAACAAAAUCUCUGUUCGGAGGGUUGCUCACGAGGGCGAGAGAGACAAUUCACGGUUCUUUUCAGAGGGACUCAUUUCAGCCACUGAUUUUAAGGCAAUGGAUAAAAGACCUGAACAUGGAGCCAAUGCCUCGCUAUUGCCUUCUAAUGGAAUAGGAUCCAGGUUCUCCAAUUUGAACAAGUCUUUCAAAUAUUCUAUCAGAUCUUUGCUCACUUCAUGCUCAAAAGAGGAAUUUUAUAAAGCAUUUUCAAGUUUCUCUAACACUGAAAGGGAAUUUCUCCAUCGCCUAUUUCUUCAGGUCAUUACUUCAUUGCACGAAAACAUAGAGGAAGGGUUUGAGACAAUCUGCCUUCAAACACAGGCAGGAGCCACUCUUGAUGCUGUGGAGGAAAUUGUGGAAGAACAAGAUCUGGAUGUCCUGUUUUCAGAUAGGAGUAAUAUAAUGGAUGUUUCUGAGAAUCUGUCUAUGGCAAAGAAGAAAGAAAUUCAACACUUAAUGCAUAUGGUUCAAUUGGGAGAGGAACAUAAUCAAAUGUUGCGCAACCGACUGCAAAUCCUUAGGGAAGACAACAAAGUAUUAUCUGGCGCUUCCCAAGCUGUUGAGAAGUUCAAGAACAUGAAUUUAAAUUAUGGAGCCAACAGCGGUGAUGGGAUCCGUGAUGUAUAACAUAUCUUGCAGGUGCUCCAGCAAAUUUGAUGAAGGUUCAUCCUCUGGUUAUAGUUCCUUUCUAAAACUUAGUAAUUCAUUUUAGUUUUUACUGUUUUAUUUUUAAUUAUCGUUUUACUCUAGUAAGAAACAACUAGUUACUUAAGGGAAUGGUAGAAUUUCGUGUCACUCUAAGAAAGUGAAUGCUACCUCUGUAUACAACCAUUUGUUAUCAUCAAUUCUUGCAUUAAUACCGCCUAAUGCCUUCUGCCCU